AUGGCGGCGCCUGGGGACGCGAGGCGGCUGUGCAGGCUGGUGCAGGAAGGUCGGCUGUGCGCCCUGCGGGAGGAGCUGCAGCGAGCGGGGCCUCCCAGCUGCCCCGGGCCGGCGGGAGACACCCUGCUGCACUGCGCUGCCCGCCACGGCCGGCGGGACAUCCUGGCCUAUCUGGCCGAGGCCUGGGACAUGGACGUCGAGGCCGCCAACCGAGACUACAAGCGGCCUCUACACGAAGCUGCCUCCAUGGGUCACCGGGACUGUGUGCGGUACCUGCUGGGCCGCGGAGCCGCGGUCGACUGCCUGAAGAAGGCUGACUGGACUCCUUUGAUGAUGGCUUGUACAAGGAAGAAUCUCGAGGUGAUCCAGGACCUUGUAGAACAUGGUGCAGAUCCGCUUCUGAAGAACAAAGACGGCUGGAACAGUUUCCACAUUGCCAGCCGAGAAGGAGACCCUGCAAUCCUUCAGUACUUGCUCACCAUUUGCCCAGAUGCCUGGAAGACAGAGAGCAAAAUUAACAGAACGCCUCUGCACACGGCAGCAAUGCAUGGCUGUUUAGAGGCAGUAAAGGUGCUUCUUCAGAGGUGUCAGUAUGAACCAGACUGCAGAGAUAAGUGUGGCCUCACACCCUUUAUGGAUGCAAUUCAGUGUGGGCACAUCAACAUAGCCAGGCUGCUCCUCGAAAAACAUAAGGCUUGCAUUGGUGCUGAGGAUUUCCUGGGGGCCCAGGCUAUACACAGGGCAGCAGUCACCGGGCAGAAUGAAGCCAUCCAAUUUUUGGUUUAUGAACUUGGCAUUGAUGUAGAUGUGAAAGCAACAUCAACUCACCUUACAGCACUUCAUUACGCAGCUAAGGAAGGACAUGUGAGUACAGUUCAGAUGCUCAUUUCCUUGGGUGCUGACAUUAACUCUAAAGAUGAAAGAAAUCGAACAGCCCUCCACCUGGCCUGCGCAGGUCAGCACCUGGCCUGCAUCAAGUUUCUUCUGCGAUCUGGACUGAGGGAUUCUCCAGACAUCACGGGUACCAUGGCUCAGCAGCUCACACGGAACACAGACAUCCUUCAGUGCUUCAGCCACAGCAUGAUGGCAUGA